AUUCAAAGAGAUUCCUCCUCAGUCAAAAUUUCUCAGCCGACUCGCGAGCACACGCUGUGCUGCUUCUUCCUGCGUUUUUCGCUUUGCUUUCGUCGUCGCGGGUGUGUGUUUGUGUUGGUGGGAGUGGUUAAGUGUGUGUGCAGUGCGUGUGCCGCUAUUUGUUAAUUGUUUAUAAUCCCGAUUUAAUAACACCCAACGGCCAUGUUGCACUUUAAUUGCUUCUAAACGCAAAAUGCACACUGAUAAACGCAAACGACAAAAAUAAUAAAAAUAACAACACAAAAAUCAUAAGAAUGCCGGCAAACAAAGCGGUGUAUUAGUGUGCGGGCUUUUGUGUGGGUGCCUUUGAGUUUGCCGAAAAUAUUUACCGCAAAAAGAACAAACAGAACCAAAUAUAAAAUCGAAGUCUAAUCGAAGCCAAGCAACAACAACAAAAGCCGGCGAAAUUACCUGCCUCUCGCUCUCUCUUUCUAUUUCAAAAAAAAAAAGAGAGUUAAUCAGAGUUAUCAAAAUGCAACAGCUACAGCAACAACAAAAUCUGCAUUGCAGAAGAAAAGCAACAACAACAGCAACAUCAACUGCCCGCCUUGUGAUAUUUAGCAGUCUUCUAUUACUGCUCACCACCCACUUUCCACCCAUUGUUCGAGCAGAGAAUGGCGCUACACCUCAAGUUGCCGCCCUUGCUGCCCCCAAUCCAGCGGGAGGUGUGGCAGGAUCAUCGAUCAUUGAUCAAUUCAGUCCAAACUGCAGUGCUGUGACGCAUAUUUUCCAGGCGAGAGGAAUCGAUGUCAUCGAUAUACCCCAAAAACCCAGUAACGAACGAGUCCUGCGUUACUGCGAAUCCCCCUCAGUGGGCACCUGCUGCACCUACAACAUGGAGACCCGAAUGGCCAUGCAGUCACGCCAGCAGCUUGAAGGGCAUACCAAGGAGCAGAUCUCUCGUAUGUCUGGAAUCCUGGGCAGCAAGGCCACCAAGUUCAAAGAUAUUUUCACAGCCCUGCUGAAAGAGUCACGAACUCAGUUCAAUAGCAUGUUCAUACGUACCUAUGGCGUGAUCUACGAGAGAAAUUCGUACGUCUUCUCGGAUCUCUUCAAGGAGCUGGAAACUUACUUUGCCAAUGGUCGAGUGGACUUGCUAGAGGUCAUGGAUAAGUUCUUCAAUACGCUGUACCAGAAGAUGUUCACUGUACUGAACACCCAGUAUACCUUUGAUGAAAACUACAUGCGAUGCGUCAGCGAGCAUAUGAAGGAGCUAAAGCCCUUUGGGGAUGUUCCGGACAAGCUGUCCGUGCAGAUCAAGCGAUCCUUUGUGGCCACUCGCACCUAUGGACAGGCUCUGACCACUGCCUCGGAGGUGGCCAAAAAGGUUCUGAAUGUCCGCCUGAAUGCCGACUGCACUGGAGCCCUGACCAAGAUGCAGCACUGUGGAGCCUGCAAGGGCUACACGGAGAAGCCCUGCACCAACUACUGUGUGAAUGUGAUCAAGGGUUGCCUGCACUACCAGCAUGAGUUCGACAGCGAAUGGGAGAACUUUGCAAUGGCCAUGGACAAGGUGGCGGAGCGUCUGCUGGGUUCCUUUAAUAUAGUGAUGGUGGUGGAACCACUCAACAUCAAGAUCUCCGAGGCCAUCAUGAACUUCCAGGACUCUGGCCAGGACAUCACCAAUCGCGUUUUCCAAGGCUGUGGCAGACCCAAGUUGAAGAAAAUGAAGCGUUCCGUCAGCCCCAAAUUGCAUGGAGUCCAGGUUCUUAAUGCAAAGAGUCCCGUAGAGGCGGAUACCCUCGAUAUUGAUGAGACUCUAGAUGAGGCGAUAGUACUGCGAGAGCGCAGAGCAGCUGACCCAGGUUCCCAGGAGUCCUCAGGACAGCAAUCCCAGGAGCAGAGUGGCGGAAAGGGUGGAAAUGGUGGUGGAAACGGUGGCGGAGGUGGAGGCGGAGGUAACAACAGGCGGCAACAGCAACGACGCAAGCAACAGCAACAGCGACGCAAACAACAAAACAAUCGCGACGACAACGAUGACGAUGACAAUGAGAGUGGAGGCGGUGGACGAGAACCGAUUCUGGACAGGACCGUCAGGGAUAUUCGUCAGCGGGUGAAGGACUACAAAAAGUUCUGGUCCAACUUGCCACAUUCCGUUUGCAGUAACGAGGAUAUAGCCUCCAGUUCCGAUGUGGAUGGCAUGUGCUGGAAUGGUCACACCAUCGACAGGUACAUGCACUCCAUUACCACAGAGCACGGCUCGAAUCCGGAGUUCAAUGGCAAUCCUGCCAGCACUAAGCAAACAGCUCAGAUGUCCGCGCAACUUAGCCACCUGAAAAAUGCCAUUAUCCAUCUGCGAAAUGCCUACAACGGUCAGGAUGUUGAGUGGAGCGAACAAGAAGAACUUCCAUAUGCCGGCAGUGGAGCAGGCUCUGGAUCCGGCUCUGAAGACGACGAGGACGAUGACGAGGGCUCUGGCCUGGGACCGUUCGAACCAAGCCACAAACCGGAUGUAGAGCGUCCUUCGGUGGAUGCUGACAAUGAUGAUGACGAAGAUGCCGGUGGCCGAUCUCACUUGCCAACGCACACAUCUCGUCCGACAACCGGCGUGGACGAUAAGAAUCCACUCAUACACACCACGCACUUUGACCAAGAUAACAACGAUCUGGAUGAGGAUCAUCGGCAGGAGGAGGAUGAUGAGGAUUCAGAUGGCGGCCAUGGCGGUUCAGGGGCCGAUGACCAUCGAUCAUCCGAUGCCCCUGAGAAGAUGACGCUGCGUCGCGCUCUGGUUGUUUAUCUACUGCCGCUUUAUAUGGCGUGGUUCGGUGGCGUCUGCGCCGAUUUGCUGUGAUUACUCAACGUGCGAAAGGCAGCCAAGGUGGAGCACGGCUGCAUCCCCCCCUUACACCUCUCAGUCAUUCAUCCGUGAAGCAAAAUGUUAUUAGCAGAACUACAUGCAACCCUUAUAUACGAAAUGCGAGUCCAAAAUUUUAUAAAAACUUUUGAUAGAAGCAAUCAAAACACGCAAUCGAGAAUAAUAUAUAUUUAGUCGUUUUUCGAAUUUUACCCGCGUUAGGAAUUUGCAAAUUUGAAUUUAGAUUUAAAACUCCCAUGACAUUAAGCUCGUGAAUUCAUGAGCUGAGGCAAUAUAUUCUUUAAAUCUAAAAAUUCAUUUUUGUAAGCUGCCCGCCCGCUAAUGUAAAAAUCGGAAAAUGCCUGAUUAAAGGCGUUUCUUGAAUGAAACGCGUUUAGGAGAACAAGAAAUUAGUGGAGGAGAGAGAAUACGUAACGAGCCCAUUUUAGUUUAGUAAGACCCAGCCCUAAAAAAAAAAAAAGAAAAACGCCCCCCUGUUCCCCCCACACUCUAAGUCUAAGUGCGAAAUUGUAAUUUGUAAGCCAGAGAGCGAAAGAAUGAGCCAAGUGAAUGAAUGUCGGAGUGAGUGCUUUUAUCGAGUGUGAGUGCGAGAGCGGAGUGCCUGUUCAAUGUGAUCGUUUAGCAAAAAUUAACUAUAAACACUUUAGCCCCUAGAGACCUAAGCGAAGAACAUACCUACUACACCUAUACCUACAUCUAAACACACACACACACACAUAUUUAAUUUUUAUUAUAUUUAUAUGCGUAUAGGCGUAUAUGUAACAAGCAAAUUUGCCACAGCACACGAAUUCAAUUAGCCCCCCCAUAAAAACAUGAACAGCAAUAACUAAUUUGUAAUAUUUUAUAGUCUAACUGAUAACUCUUAAAAGCUAAAGUCUAAUUUACGUUUCAAAUGGCCAUAGAAAAGCGUCCGAGCCACGGCUUUUGUAAUUUUUGUAUCUUUCGUAGACAGCCCUGACUUUU